AACUCGAGUUGGAAGAGGUGAGUCCGGUCUCAAAAUGGAGGGCCAUGAUCCAAAGGAACCAGAACAGUUGAGAAAACUGUUUAUUGGUGUCCUGAGCUUUGAAACUACAGAUGAUAGCUUAAGAGAACGUUUUGAGAAAUGGGGCACACUUACAGAUUGUGUGGUGAUGAGAGACCCCCCCCAAACAAAAUGUUCCAGGGGCUUUGGUUUUAUGACUUAUUCUUGUGUUGAAGAGCUGGAUGCAGCAAUGUGUGCUCGACCACACAAGGUUGAUGGGCGUGUAGUGGAACCAAAGAGAGCUGUUUCUAGAGAGGAUUCUGUAAAGCCUGGUGCCCAUCUAACAGUGAAGAAAAUUUUUGUUGCUGGUAUUAAAGAAGAUACAGAAGAAUAUAAUUUGAGAGACUACUUUGAAAAGUAUGGCAAGAUUGAAACCAUAGAAGUUAUGGAAGACAGGCAGAGUGGAAAAAAGAGAGGAUUUGCUUUUGUAACUUUUGAUGAUCAUGAUACAGUUGAUAAAAUUGUUGUUUAGAAAUACCACACUAUUAAUGGGCAUAAUUGUGAAGUGAAAAAGGCCCUUUCUAAACAAGAAAUGCAAUCUGCUGGAUCACAGAGAGGUCGUGGAGGUGGAUCUGGCAACUUUAUGGGUCGUGGUGGAAACUUUGGAGGUGGUGGAGGUAACUUUAGCCGUGGUGGAAACUUUGGUGGAAGAGGAGGCUAUGCUGGUGGAGGUGGUGGCAGCAGAGGUAGUCAUGGAGGAGGUGAUGGUGGAUAUGAUGGAUUUAGAGGCGACGGUGGUAACUAUGGCGGUGGUCCUGGUUACAGUAGUAGAGGAGGCUAUGGUGGUGGUGGACCAGGAUAUGGAAACCAAGGUGGUGGAUAUGGUGGCGGUGGUGGAGGAUAUGAUGUUUACAAUGAAGGAAGAAAUUUUGGAGGUAACUAUGGUGAUGGUGGAUAUAGUGGAUUUGGAGGCGACGGUGGUAACUAUGGCGGUGGUCCUGGUUACAGUAGUAGAGGAGGCUAUGGUGGUGGUGGACCAGGAUAUGGAAACCAAGGUGGUGGAUAUGGUGGCGGUGGUGGAGGAUAUGAUGUUUACAAUGAAGGAAGAAAUUUUGGAGGUAACUAUGGUGGUGGUGGGAGCUAUAAUGAUUUUGGAAAUUAUAGUGGACAACAGCAAUCAAAUUAUGGGCCCAUGAAGGGGGGAAGUUUUGGUGGAAGGAGCUCGGGAAGUCCCUAUGGUGGUGGUUAUGGAUCUGGUGGUGGAAGUGGUGGAUAUGGUAGCGGGAGGUUCUAAAAACCCAGAAGAAAAGGGCUACCGUUCUUAGCAGGAGAGAGAGCGAGGAGUUGUCAGGAAAGCUUCAGGUCACUUUGAGACAGUCGUCCCAAAUGCAUUAGAGGAACUGCAAAACUCUGCCACAGAAGGAACGAUGAUCCAUAGUCAGAAAAGUUACUGCAGCUUAAACAGGAAACCCUUCUUGUUCAGGACUGUCAUAGCCA